UCAGGCUGCGUCUCAAACAGCUCUUAACUCCACACAACAAUGCACUUUAUACGGCGGAUGUUGCUCCCUUUGUAGUGCACUUUUUGACAUAUGAGUGCUUGUUUGAUAUACGGUCGAAUCGGUUGCGGUUUGUUGGCUCGGACGCAUUUGAGGUACACCCACUCAGCUCUUUCUAUGAGGCUUGACUCAUUUCCCAGCACCAAUGGCUGACAAUGCACAAGAUUUAGUCAGUAAUGUGUCACAUGAUGGAGCAGAGGCCAACCAGCAAACAGACACUGGCAGAUCUGGAGCCCGGCUGCGGAGAGAUGUCGAGCUCAAUGGCCAGCCUCCUUCCUCUCGCGCCGCACAAGUGGUCACAGACAACGAGGAGGAGGAGGACGAGGAGCUAACUCUGAAGUAUGGCGCCAAGCACGUCAUCAUGCUCUUCGUCCCGGUCACACUGUGCAUGGUGGUCGUCGUGGCAACCAUCAAGUCAGUCAGCUUCUAUACGCAGAAGGACGGACAGCAGCUCAUUUACACUCCCUUCCGCGAAGACACCGACACUGUGGGUCAGCGUGCUGUCAAUUCCAUCCUCAAUGCUACCAUCAUGAUCAGUGUGAUUGUGGUGAUGACGCUGGUACUGGUACUGCUCUACAAGUACCGCUGCUAUAAGGUGAUCCAUGCCUGGCUGUUCUUCUCCUCCCUGCUCCUGCUCUUCUUUUUCUCCUUUGUCUACCUGCUGGAGGUGUUUAAGACGUACAACGUGGCCAUGGAUUCCUUCACCCUGGCAGUAAUCAUUUGGAACUUUGGGGUGGUUGGAAUGAUCUGUGUCCACUGGAAGGGUCCGCUGCGACUGCAGCAGGCCUACCUCAUCAUGAUUAGUGCCCUAAUGUCCCUGGUGUUCAUCAAGUACCUACCUGAGUGGACUGCAUGGCUCAUCCUGGCCGUCAUUUCCGUCUAUGACCUGCUGGCUGUACUGUGCCCUAAAGGACCUCUUCGGAUCCUGGUUGAAACAGCUCAAGAAAGGAAUGAACCGAUGUUUCCAGGGCUCAUCUACUCUUCAACUAUGGUGUGGCUGGUUGGCAUGGCAGAUAACGGGGGGCCGAGGAAUAGCUCUUCAGAAGCUGCCCCUAAAGAAGAGAGCCAUGUUGCAACGGCUCCAGUGGCUCAGCCAGAGGACGAUGGGGGUUUCACGCCAGAUUGGGUUGGCCAACAAGAGCAUCGGCUUGGACCUCUGCAGUCCACAGACGAUUCGAGACGUCAGAUCCAGCAGAUGCCAUCAGCACGGCCACCACCUGCAGAUGACGAGGAGGAGAGGGGAGUGAAGCUGGGCCUUGGUGACUUCAUCUUUUAUAGUAUGUUGGUAGGAAAGGCUUCAGCUACAGCCAGCGGUGACUGGAACACAACCUUAGCUUGCUUUGUAGCCAUUCUUAUUGGCCUGUGCCUAACCCUCUUGCUCUUGGCCAUCUUUAAGAAAGCUCUCCCAGCUCUUCCCAUCUCAAUUACUUUCGGACUGAUUUUCUAUUUUGCUACAGAUAACCUGGUACGCCCAUUUAUGGACCAGUUAGCUGUGCACCAGUUCUACAUAUAGCAAAAAGCGCUAUCCAGCAUCUUGCUUCACGCGCUGGUCGUACCACAGAGGACCUGAACCUUAAACAGGAACGGGGGAACUCGGUGGCUCUGCCAUUGCCCCAUUUUCUCUGUGAUGGCUCUGUGACUGUAUUAAGGGUUUUUUUUUUUUUUUUUUUUGGUUUGAGUGGGACCUUGAGUAAGUCAUUCCUCUCGUGUUUUUUUUUUUUUUUUUUUUUAAUUUGUUGUUGUUUUUCUUUUGGUUUAUUUGCUCAUUGUUCAUAAAAAAAAAAAUAAUGCUGCAUCUCUCUGAUGACCCAUUAGAUUGACACUUGCAUUUAUGGUAAUUGUGUAGCAUUUUUUUUUUUUCAUGGGAGAAAUUUUCUGAAAAGAGGACGAUUAGCAAAUUUUUGUUAAUCACCAAAAAAAUCAUAUUUAACUACUGGAACGAAUGUUUUAUAAUAACUGGAUGGGGUGGGAGGAACCCUGCAUGGCUUAUUUCUGGGUUGAUUAACUCUACUGCAUUAAAUGGAACCAUACAUGGAUCCGAAGCUUGAUACAUUCACUUUUCCAUUUAUUUCUACAAAGCAUUAUUUUCAUUACCUUGUAUGUGAGUUUGACUAAGUGGUUGGUACUGUACACCCCCCCAACAGCCCCUAUUGUAAUACCACCUCUUUCCCCCUAAGUCCCUGUAGUGUGUCUAGGAUUAUGGUUUGGAAUUGAACACUGGCACAGUCCAACCAUGUUCUUUAGUGUAAGGUAUAUUGACUUAUUGCUGCAGUUUGUUAGGAAUAGAAACGUAGAGGCUACUGUUUCGCUCUCAUGAUCUGAGUGCAUCUCUUUUGGAAUGUAUUAUAUGGUCCUAAACAGAAGUUUCACCAAAGUUUGAGGAAAGUGUUAGUCAUUUCUAUUGUUUUCAUCUGUUUUGUUGAAUGUCUAUGUUAAUAGAAUUACCUCUCAACUUUUUUUUAACUUCUCAUUGUUUUCCUACAAAAAAACAAAACAAAAAAAGUAUAUUGAUUGUUUUUGUAAUUGGUUCAUAACCAACUAUAAGAUUCUUGAAUAAAGGAGAAGCUCUUUAAGA